GUGUGUGUGUGUGUGUGUGUGUGUGUGUGUGUGUGUGUGUGUGUGUGUGUGUGUGUGUGUAUAUGUGCACAAGCACGUGCUGAUGCGUGCGUGUGUGUUUGUGUGCAUGUGUGUGUGUCGGAAAUACGUUUUGAAGGAAAAGGUGUUAGUGAUUCCUCGUGGGUCCCGGUCGGGGGCUCAGUGUUAGUGGCUGUUGGCUUCACUCGGACCGUGUCCCAUGCCCCGCUCCUUCUCUAUCCCUCCAUCUCCUAGGAGCUGGUGACCUCUGACCCGUGCACCAACGCCCCCCCGACCCCGCCAGAGGAUUGUGACCCCUCCCCCUCCCCUCGCAGGAAGCGCGGGCGACGGAAACUAGAGCACCCCGAGAGGCAUGAACCAGACGACAGCACCUGUGACUCCCCCAAAGAGCAAGGUGAGGGCGGUCGACUGCGGCGGAGGCCGGUUCCCAGAGUGACGUUCCAGGCAGGAGACCCCUACUACAUCAGCAGGAGACAGAGGGAUGAGUGGCUCAGCCGCUGGAAGAUCGAGGCGGAGAAGCGGGCGUACCGCGAGGCGGAGAUCAGCAUGAUGGACGACCUGUCCGAGGGAGACUUCCAGAAGGAGGAGGAGGAGGAGGAGGAGCCGGCCAGCCCGCCGGCCCCCUCGGCCCCGUUAGCCCUGCCCCUUCCUCCCCCUCCUCUGCCACCUCUCCUUCCUCCGCCGCCGCAGUCCCCCACCCCGCCGCCCCAGCAGCACACCGACCCCGCCUCGCCCACCGUCGCCAUGACGCCAGAGCCCGUGGCCAGGGGGGGCGAGCAGGCCACGCCUAGCGAGGUGGAGUACCAGGACGGCCGGGGCUUCGGCAUCGGGGCGCUGGUGUUCGGGAAGCUGCGGGGCUUCUCGUGGUGGCCGGGCCGCAUCGUGUCCUGGUGGAUGAGCGGCCGCAGUCUCGCCGCCGACGGGACCCGCUGGGUCAUGUGGUUCGGCGACAGCAAGUUCUCUGUGGUCUGUGUGGAGAAGCUGAUGGCGCUGAGCUCCUUCUCCUCUGCUUUCCACCAGUCCACCUACAACAAGCAGCCCAUGUACCGCAAGGCCAUCUACGAGGCUCUGCAGGUGGCGAGCACCAGGGCGGGUUGGCCCCUCCCCUCCUGUGAUGCGGGCGAUGACACUGAGGGCCAGGGGGUGGAGCUUCAGACCAGACAGCUGAUAGAGUGGGCCAUGACCGGCUUCUUACCCAGCGGAGCCCAGGGGCUGGACCCUCCAGAGGAGGAGCGCAUCCCCUACAAGGAGGUGUACCCGGAGACGUGGGCGGAGCCCGAGGCGGCAUACACCCCUCCCCCCCCCGCCAAGAAGCCCCGCAAGAACACAGUGGAGAAGGCCAAGAUCAGGGAGGUGAUCGACGAGGGCACCCGAGAGAGACUCAUCUGUGAGGUCAAGAAGAAGACCAGGAACAUAGAAGACCUGUGCAUCUCCUGUGGCAGUCUGAACGUCUCCCUGGAGCACCCCCUCUUCAUGGGGGCCAUGUGCCAGGGAUGCAAGAACUGUUUUCUGGAGUGUGCGUACCAGUAUGACGACGAUGGCUACCAGUCCUACUGCACCAUCUGCUGUGGCGGCAGGGAGGUGCUUAUGUGCGGGAACAACAACUGCUGCAGGUGUUUCUGCGUGGAGUGCGUGGACCUCUUGGUGGGCACGGGCUCGGCAGCGGUGGCCAUCAAGGAAGACCCCUGGAACUGCUUCAUGUGUGGGCCGCGCAGUGGCCACGGGUUGCUACGGCGACGUGAAGACUGGCCCUCACGGCUGCAGCUGUUCUUCGCCAACAACCACGAGCAGGACUUUGAGCCAGCUAAACUAUAUCCCCCUGUAGCAGCAGAGAUGAGGCAACCAAUCAGAGUGCUCUCUCUUUUCGACGGCAUUGCGACAGGCCUGCUGGUGCUGAGGGACCUGGGCAUCCAGGUGGAGCGCUACGUGGCGUCGGAGGUGUGUGAGGACUCCAUCACGGUGGGCAUCGUGCGGCACCACGGCCGCAUCAUGUACGUGGGCGACGUGCGCACCGUCACACACAAACACAUCCAGGAGUGGGGUCCCUUCGACCUGGUGAUAGGGGGAAGCCCCUGCAAUGACCUGUCCAUAGUCAACCCCGCGCGGAAGGGCCUCUACGGUAAGAAGGGGACGGGCCGGCUGUUCUUUGAGUUCUACCGGCUGCUCCACGAGGCGCGGCCCAAGCCGGGGGACGACCGGCCGUUCUUCUGGCUCUUCGAGAACGUGGUUGCCAUGGGCGUCAGCGACAAGAGGGACAUCUCCCGCUUCCUCGAGUGUAACCCCGUAAUGAUCGAUGCCAAAGAGGUGUCCGCCGCACACCGCGCCAGAUACUUCUGGGGAAACCUGCCGGGCAUGUCCAGACCAUUGGCAUCCAUGAACAAUGACAGGCUGGACCUCCAAGACUGUCUGGAGCACGGUCGCACGGCUAAGUUUGAGAAGCUGCGCACCAUAACAACGCGCUCUAACUCUGUGAAGCAGGGGAAGGACGAGCACUUCCCCGUCUACAUGGACAGCAAGGAGGACAUCCUCUGGUGCACCGAGAUGGAGAGGGUGUUCGGCUUCCCCGUCCACUACACCGACGUGUCCAACAUGAGCCGCCUGGCCCGCCAGCGGCUGCUGGGUCGCUCCUGGAGCGUGCCCGUCAUCCGCCACCUCUUCGCCCCGCUGAAGGAGUUCUUCGCCUGCAACUAGCUCCUGUCUCCCCCCUCCCUCCCUCCCUCCCCCUCUCCCUGUAUUACUCACCCCUGCUGCUUCCACAGCAAGCAACUAGUACUGAGACGGUCCUACCCAGGGGGCCCUCACACCAUCCAAGGGCCCCCUCCUUUUCGACAAGGACCCACAGUGACACACACACACACACACACACAGCACACACACAGACAUUGACAGACGCACGCAACGCAGGCGACACACAAAUGGACGCACACACAAGGAAAAUGGGACAGGAGUACCCAGCAAGAAAACACACACACAACAUCGUGUAAAACAAAAGAAACAAAAUGUAGCCGCUGGUUAAUAGUGAGGUGAACGUUAAAUACCUGAAAUACAUACACACACGCACUCGUACCCAAACGUGUACACAAACAAACACAUUGUAAUGGACUGCUUCUUCCGGAGCCUGUAUAGCUGACUGCAGCUCCCCCACCCCUCCCCCCCCCCCCCCCCCCCCCGGUGCUAACCUGGGCCCGGUUUCCCGAAACCUUCUUAAAGCCUUCUUAACGCUACAUCAGUCGUAACCUCUACUUUAAGUUCUACCUUAACAUCUCGCGUGUUUUCCCGAAACGUUCUUUGCUACGAGUCUCUUUCGUAUGUCGUUUCGUUGGUAAGGUUGGUCUGAAGCGCUCGUAGAACCUUAGCUCUACCGUAGUGAUGUUUUAUCUCCUGACGCCAGUCGACGCCACUGUACAGUAACCUUUAGAAAUCCCUGUUGCGCAUGGGACUGCCACAUUGGCAGUGUUGUGUUCCACCAAUACAGUACAGUACAUACACGGUACAGCAGGCGGUACACCAAUAACUUCAAAAACUCGCAACUUCAAGAAAUUAUUGUCAGACAAAACUGUCUUCUAAAUUAAGGAAAUGAUACUGGGAAACUAAUAAAGCCUCUUCCCCUUGACGGCGCGCAAAGCGGGCACACAGUUGGCCAAAAGCAAAGCAGGCUCAGCAUAAACAGUGUUACAUAAUAAGCUAAAUAAACUAUUCAAAAUUUUGCUUUCAUUUCAAAAUAUCUAUUUUCAUAAAUAAUCAACAAGUCAGACACCUUUGUAAAAAGAAAAUCAGUGUCCUCCUUUGAACAGCUGGGAUGUAAUUAAGGAUGUGAUUGCCUCAAUCUCCUCCGCUGUUUCUAUAUUUUCUAUAAUUUCUCUUAAAUCAGUGUAGGCUAUGCUAUGUUUGCCCAUCGUUAAAUCAUUGUUUAGGCCUACUAGAAGGAUUUCGAGCAAUGUUUUUUCGCAAAGACUGCAAUCUUUUUUUGAACGCCGUCAUGCGAAUGAAUUGGAAAAUCGAUCACUGAGCAGUCGAUUUCAGCGCGUUCUUUCUGGAAGGCGCCGUUUACGAACGACGUAAGGAGUGUUUCCUAAGAAGACUCCUCAGAGAUCAUUCGGGAACCUCGCCUAUAGAGGUAAACAACUUUGAUAAGUCUAAACGUAAGAGUCUUAAUAAGUGCGCUAAGAGUGGACGUUAUCGGGAAACCGGGCCCUGUUUUCUAUCAGCUCAAGGUGAUAUCUACUACAUCACACACAUGUACACACACACACACACACACACACCCAAGCCGUGUCCACGCUACACCAGAGAAAGGGAUGAAUCAUGGAUGAAAAGAUUCAAACGUACGGACAAAACGCAUUCUUCCAAAAAAAACCUGGUGAAGACGAGAAACAGGAUGGGAGUCUUUUGAAUCUGCAUUCAAUCUGAAUGGAUCCUUCCAUGUUUCCAUGUAUCUGGUGUAGUGGGGAAAGGGCCAUCAACAGAAACAAACCCUUUAGUGCAGGAUUCAUGUGAUUUAUAUCUACAGAUUACCCUCUAACUUCUAACCUCUGACUUCUGACUUUACUCUGUGGCAAAACAUGCCUGGGGAAAGCAAAACUGCAAUUAUUCAGACAUUUUUCUUUAUUCUAUUUAAUUCAGUGUACCAGUGAAUUAAUCUACAAUCUAACACUUCACUUUAAGUUAGUGUUUAUGAACAGCAAUGAACAUACUCAUAAAUAUACGUGUCCAGAAAGAGGAUUGCAAAGCAAUCAAAUUAUUAUAUUGAUAUAUAUUCAAAAAACUUUGGUGCUGUCCAGGGAGUCCCAUCGCGACCCAACUGACCCAUAACGUUUUGUUACAGUCUAUGGUGCUUUAAGAGACUCACAGGUCUCUGGUGCUUGAUUUGCAUCCAUCCCUGAAUUUAGUCAUUCUAUGGCGAUUUGGUUGUUGGUCGAUUUGUGUUUUGUUUCUAUUGACCAGCGCAAGAGGCGGCUAGGGGCCCGACGGCUCGCUGAGCAACAUUUAUCUUCCUUGAAGCGCUUGGGGGUUGUGAGACCGUGGGUUCCCUGGUGCCGGCUCCUUCAGACUACCCCCCCCUACAAGUUAUCAUGUCCUCUGUAAGAAGGACGAGGUCCCCAUACUGUCUCUGUACUGUUGAGUCCCUCUGAGGUAGAUAAAGUUAUCGGGUCACAGGGUCAAAGGACAGUUUGAACCGUGUUUGUCGAACUGCAAGACGGUGAUGUCCUCUCUGACCGCUCUGCCCCUCAGUAACGGGACGCCCACCGCAGGCGCCCAAUGCUCAAUGAAUCUUUGCAUUCUAAUUGAUUAAAGACGAGAGGAGGCUGGUUCUUGUGAACUUGAGGCUCCAUGCUUUGGGCUCAACGGUGGACCAGUCGAGGGAGGCCUCUGCGGCUGGUCAAAUAGUGAACGUUGCCAUCUGGUGGCUGGUGCAUUACCCAUUUACCCAAAACGGCCUUUGUUAUCUACGUUUUAAAAGAACAAACGGACGGGGCCUUGUUUUGUCUCUGGAUGCUUUGUUUUUUUUUCUACUUUUCGGUGCCACUGAAACCUGAGGAUCUCUUUCGAAUCAUGUAUACCUCCCACCGCAGGCCUUCCUCCACUGCUGGUCACGGCCAACGUGCAAACAGCCCCCACGCCGCCACAUCUAUAGCCGCCAUUUCAUAACAUCCGUACGGAGCACUGUUUUCGCUCUCUGCGUGCAGAGCCCGACAAUUUCACCCAACAAGUUUUUGGUCGGUUGAGCCCUGGUGGUAGCUGGGAUGACGUCCAUUUCGUUAUGCGCAGAUCAUGCGCAAGCGAAUAGGAGUGAGGUUUUAGUCGUCCACAGUGACUCUGGUUUCCACACCACUAUGAAGCGGUGCAUGGACGACUGGAGGACGCCUUCUGUGAAGUCUCGUGUAGCCGUGGCCGGCACACUGGUGCCAAGCUCGGGGGAUAUACUGUAUACCUAUACCUUUAUUUGUUUUUAAGGAAAAAAAUUAAAAAAAGCUCUUCCACUCUCCGGUGCUCUUAGUCUUCAGAUGGUGCAGUCUUUUUUCUUGUUAAAAAAAGAAAACGACGUCAAAACACCAGCUACGACAAAUGAGUAGAAAUACAAACACACACGCACACAUAUAACACACACACUAGCAGAGGAAUCCAGCAGGUUCACCAGACUUACAACAACUAACGUUCAGGGGCUUUUGGAACUCUUUUUUUUUUACAGUGUUCCUGCAGGUCACAACGGGACGGUGGUCCUACCACCGUCCCCCCCCCGUCCCCGUCCCCGUCCCCCCCACCUCUUUUAUACUCCCUUUCUUACCCCUUUGCUCGGGACCGAUCGCCUCCUUCCAGACACACACAUACACACACCGCACCGCAAACACACACACACACACACAUACUGCGUUCCUGCCAGGCCACCCGCCUUCCCGCCAGGUCCUAGUGCCCCCCCCCUCCCCCCCACUAGUUUUUACAGUGGUGACGCGGGGUGUGACAUCAUCACCCCUCACCCUAGGGUGCCCCCGCUACAAACCAUCGCUCCCCUCCCCCCCACCCCAUCCGCCAGGUGCUGCAUGUCCCACCCAUCCGUGUAAUCUCUGAUUCCAUGUUAGAUUAGGGAGUAAUGAUUAUAAUUGUAAUAAUAAUGGUAAUAAUAAUAAUAAUAAUAAUGAUAAUAAUUCCAAUUAUCAAGUUAUUGUGUGUGUGUGUGUGUGUGCGUGUGUAGCCUACUGUUCCCAGGUUGGUGCUCAGUUCAGUUCAGUCUCGGCCUAGAGGGAGAGAGAGAGAGAGAGAGGGGGAGAGAGAUGGAAAGAGUGAGAGAGAGGGGAGGCUGGAAGCAGCAUAUUGUACAGUUAGCUUAUUGAUUGUUGUGUUGCACCGAGGACGUCAAGACGGGACGAUGAUAAAAAGAAAUGCAGUAUGCCACCGGUGAAACCCUAAAAAAGACAGGAGCUGAAAUAAUACCAGCUACUUUUGCCUUACUUUUUAAAAAUGAAAACGAUAAUGCAGUUGCCAAUCUCUCAGAUGAAUCCGCGUGUCACCUGGGGGAUUCUUUAAAGACGACAGACCCGUUUCACAGAGGUGUCACUGUAGGGCAAGCACAGGUGUGGCUCAUAACACCAACUAUCUGUGUUGUACUUUUAUGUACCAAGGCAUGGAUAGCUUCACUACAGUGGUAGAUCACUACCAUUGCCCUGGUGCAUAGAAGCAGCAGAGCCAUGAUUGGUGUUAUCAACCCUAACCCCUCAUCCUACGACCACACCUCUGUGAAAAGGCUCUGUUGGAGACAGAGUUUGCAGUAAUCUGCAGUAACCAGAGGCCUUGCAUGUAGAUUCAAUUGUUUGGGUAUUCUUUAUCAAGAAACGUCGCCUUAAACGUCAUUUCUGAUCCUUGAUGAAUUUAGCAUCUAACAGCCCCCUAUCUACAACCUUUAAAGGUCAAGACAUGAUAAAGGGCGUCAUAAUACCAAUGUGAUGGCUACGUGUAUGUGUCCCAGACAACUCUGGUGUUAUUUCAGCGUGUCUUUUUGAGGACUCUGGCAAAGGUCAAGAGGAUGGUCAUUUUCUCUGUUGGUUCAUGCAUGUCGAGGUGGAGCACAAGGUGAAGGUGUUUCUGUUUCUGCCUACCAACAGCUUUUAAAGCUGAGCGGUGCGCAUUGUUAAAACACUCCUGAUGCAUAGACAAUGUGCACGCACACACACAUACAUGCACACGCACGCACGCAAUGCACAACACUGUUACUAACACACAGAUCCAAACAGUCCACAGUUGUUCUACAUAGCAGUUGCUCUACAUGAAGUAACACACACACUCACACAAAAACAGACACACUCACGCCCACACACACACACACACACAGUGCUGUGGCACGGCAUGCAGACAGACUCAUCUCAUGGACUGAAGUGAAAGAUGAGCGUUUGGGAAAGGGAGGAAGCGGCGGUGUUUUUUCAAAGGUGCUAAAAAUACUUUUAUCUCAAAGAGGAGAAAAAAAAAACAUUGUUAGAAGUAUACAUCGAGUGGGUCUUUACAAUGACUGUAUUUAAGUUUGUUGUAGUAAUGAAAAAGGCACUAUUAUUAUUUUACUCUUGUAUGAAUAUGAACUGAUAAAAAAAAUGGCAUUUUAACUUUGUACUUGAACCAAUGUAAGAAAUGAAACGUGAAUUAAAAAAAGACUGUUUUAAUGUG